CUGCGGCGGAGCCGGAUGCGGGCGGCGCCGCGGCCGCCGCGGCUCCAGGAAUGGGCGGAGCCCCGGCCGCUUGUGCUAGUGGCCACCGCCGCUGCCCAACCCGGAGACCGAGCUGCCGCCUUAGUUCCCGCGCGUCGCUGCUUCCCAGAGCGGCGGAAUGCUGGGGAAAGGGGUAGUCGGCGGUGGCGGUGGCACCAAAGCGCCAAAGCCCUCCUUCGUGUCGUACGUGCGCCCGGAGGUGAAGAGCUGCUUUGUGAAGCCAACACUGUCCUGAAGUAUGUGCAGGAAGAUUCCUGUCAGCGUGGAGUUUAUGGGAGACUUGUAUGCACAGACUUCAAGAUUGCCUUCUUAGGCAAUGACGAAUAUGCAUUGGAUAAUGGUGAAACUCAGUUUAAGAAUAAGGUUAUGGGAGAAAAUGACAUUACACUCCACUGUGUUGAUCAGAUUUAUGGAGUGUUUGAUGAGAAAAAAAAAAUUCUCUCUGGACAACUGAAGAAAUACCCUGAGAAACUUAUCAUCCACUGCAAAGACCUCCGAGUGUUUCACUUUUGUCUGAGAUACACAAAGGAAGAGGAAGUCAAAAGGAUUGUCUGUGGCAUAAUUCAUCAUACCCAGACCUCUAUACUUCUUAAGAGAUUAUUUCUAUUUUCCUAUGCAACUGCUGCACAAAACAAUACAGCUACUGAUCCCACGAACCAGACAGUAAUGUUUGAAACACUUAAGGACUGGUGCUGGGAGUUGGAACGGACAAAAGGCAAUGUGAAGUACAAAGCAGUGAGUGUCAAUGAAGGCUAUAGAAUCUCUGAGAGGUUGCCAGCAUACUUUGUUGUCCCUACCCCUCUUCUUGAAGAGGAUAUGCAACGCUUUCAGGGUCACAACAUACCAAUAUGGUGUUGGUCCUGCCACAAUGGAAGUGCCCUUUUGAAAAUGUCAGCACUGCCCAAAGAACAGGAUGAUGGUGUUUUGCAAAUCCAGAAGAGUGCCUUGGAUGGAAUUUACAAGAUCAUCCAUAGGCCACCCUAUGAAAUUGUUAAAACUGAAGAUCUAUCAAGCAACUUCAUAUCCUUGCAGGAAAUCCAGACGGCAUACUCUAAAUUUAAACAGCUAUUUCUGAUAGAUAACAGUACUGAAUUUUGGGACACAGACAUAAAAUGGUUUUCGCUCUUGGAAAAUAGCAGCUGGCUUGACAUAAUCAGACGUUGCCUGAAAAAAGCAAUAGAGAUCAUAGAAUGUAUGGAAGCACAAAACAUGAACGUUCUUCUUUUAGAGGAAAAUGCCUCCGACCUCUGCUGCCUCCUUUCCUCUCUGGUGCAAGUGAUGAUGGACCCCCACUGCCGAACCAAGCUUGGUUUCCAGAGCCUCAUCCAAAAGGAGUGGGUCAUGGGUGGCCACUGUUUCUUGGAUCGCUGCAACCAUCUCCGCCAGAGUGACAAGGAGGAGGUUCCUGUGUUCCUGCUUUUCUUAGAUUGUGUCUGGCAGCUGGUGCACCAGCAUUCCCCAGCAUUUGAAUUCACAGAGACUUACCUGACGGUGUUGUCAGAUAGCCUGUACAUACCUAUUUUUAGCACCUUCUUCUUCAAUUCACCUCAUCAAAAAGAUACUAACAUGGGUAGAGAAAGCCCAGAUACACAAAGCAAGCCUUUGAAUCUGCUCACCGUGUGGGAUUGGUCUGUACAGUUUGAACCCAAAGCCCAGAUGUUGCUCAAAAACCCUCUCUAUGUGGAAAAGUCAAAACUGGACAAAGGCCAACGGAAAGGAAUGCGUUUUAAACACCAACGACAACUUUCUUUGCCACUCACCCAAUCGAAGUCAUCUCCCAAAAGAGGAUUUUUCAGGGAAGAGACAGAUCAUUUAAUUAAAAACCUUCUGGGCAAGAGAAUUAGUAAACUUAUUAAUUCUUCUGAUGAGCUGCAAGACAACUUUCGAGAGUUUUAUGACAGCUGGCAUAGCAAGCCUACUGACUAUCAUGGAUUGUUGUUGCCUCGUGUAGAGGGGCCAGAAAUCAAAGUCUGGGCCCAGCGCUACUUGCGCUGGAUUCCAGAAGCCCAAAUCCCAGGUGGUGGCAGAGUGGCCACGAUGAGCAAACUCUUGGAAAUGAUGGAGGAAGUCCAGAGCUUACAAGAGAAAAUCAAUGAGAGACACCACAGCCAGGAGGCCCUCCAGGCAGAGGCCCCCUGCCUGCUGAGGAACUCUGCCCGCCUGUCCUCUUUAUUUCCUUUCGCUUUGCUCCAGCGACAUUCAUCUAAGCCGGUCUUGCCCACCAGUGGCUGGAAAGCUUUGGAAGAUGAAGAAGAUCUGGCCAAACGAGAAGAUGAGUUUGUGGAUCUAGGGGAUGUGUGACUUGUGUGCACAAUGAUUGUGAAAAUUGACUUGUGGGAGAAUGGGACAGUUGAUCCCUGGGCUGGACUAUGCUAAGGCUGGGAGGGUCAUUAGCCUGGCGCUCUUGGAGAAAACUUGGGCCUUCAGGAAAAGAUCGGGUUCUUAUUUUUUUUUUUCAUGGUUACAAAAGACUAUGCAAUUAAAAUCAUAUCUUUAGUAUUACUAAUUGGAAGAAAUUCCUACUUGACCCAUCAUAGGUUUGUGGCCAUUUUCUGAGGUCUAAGCAUCAUAUGCAACCUGCAAAGAACUUUGAUAGGAUGUGCUUGGACAUGAUACUUUCUUCCAAUCCUUUCUGUGCCAAUAUAAUUUAUCCAGCCAUUGAGAAUGGGUUCUCUAUAACCCAUUUCAGUAAGGAGCAAGUUCAGUUUUUUGUGGUAUUUACGAGUUGAAAGAUUGAGAUAAAAGUAGUAAGUCAUAUGACAUGACUUUACCAAUAGCAUUUUUCCUUUCUGUUAUCUCCUUCCCUGUAGAAAAGCUGAGCAAUUCAGUGUGUCACUCAUCCUGACAUUUAGUCCGGUCUCCUUCCUUCCCAGAUGUGUCCAUUCCACCUUCCUGGAUGUGUGAUAGACUGUAUCACAUUGUAUGUGAGGGUGGCUAGCCAGCUACCCACCCUCUUUCCUGUGCUGACAGCUCCAAGUCUUUCCUUUGCCUGCUCCAUACCACAUGCCACUGUCCCUUCCCACUGCCCACCUUGGUGCACAUAGUCCAGUGUCUUGCUGCUCAACCUAUCAGCUGACCUGGCAGAAUCUCUUUGCGCAGAGGAACUUCUGUUCCUCUGGAGUCUCAGUGUCUACACAGUGUGUUUCACCCUCUGCUAAUCAUGUGCCAAGGGUUUGGAGCACCUGUGACUGUAUUUUUUUGCAGCAGCACCUCAUCUACUCCCCCCUGCCCCACUUCAAUAUUACCUUCACAGGCUGCUGGCUGGGUCACUUUUGAAUGUGGCUUUCAUAGGAAAGCAGUGAAGCAUGACGUCAGAAGUGAUGAUUAUCACAUGAUACCUCAGUGAUUUAAAAGCCAUAAAGAAACUCAGCGAUGCCUGGCCCCCUUGGGUCUGCUGUCUAAGUGAUCUAUAUUCUAAUGGAGGAAAGCGUUCUUUGUAAGGACCAGUGUUUUCAUGCUCACUGGAACCCUGUCAAAUCCUACAAAAGAAGGAAAAAAUCUACAUUAGAAUAUUUUAAAUUGAAUGUUUGCCUUUUAUAUAUAUUUGCUCUCCAGGAUAAAUUACCAUUUGAAUGUUAGAUGUUUAGAAAAAACUUUCAGUUGCUCAAGGGCAAUAAGAAAAUUUGAAACUAUUGAUAAAGAGAAGUUUCUAAUUUGCACUGAAUCGUUUUCUGUACAUACAAUCAUUUUGCUCAUUUCACCUUAAUGCACAAGCCAGGUUGGUCCCUUAAGAUGACAGGUGGAGGGUAGGGCGACGUCUGUUCAUCUGGGGGCCAAACACACAUGCAGUCUUGGUUGCCUUAAGAGUCUUGUGAAUGAGUCGAGCAUGGUGGUGCAUGCCUGUAAUCCCAGCAACUUGGGAGGCUGAGGCAGGAGGAUUCAAGUUCAAAGCCAGACUCAACAAUUUAACAAGGCCCUAAGCAACUUAGUGAGACCCUGUCUCAAAAUAAAAAAUAAAAAGGGCUGGGGAUGUGGCUCAGUGGGAAAGCACCACUAGGUUCAAUCCCUAGUACCCAAAAAAAAGUCUUGUGAAUGAGGUCAGUGUUAGGCUUGCAGUAGGGAUUUUUAAAAUACAUUAUUUCCUUAGCUACCACUUCUCGUUUGUUCUGUGGGCCUUUUUAAACCAGCACUAACCUCCACUCACUUAUCUGCACCAUUGCCUCCCAGCUACACUAUGGAGCUAACUAUUUUUGUUACCAUAUUAUAACAUGAAUAUUUAUAGUCACCUAUUCAGUCUUAGUAAUUUUCAUUCCAAAAAUGCGUGGUGUGAUGCUUUAUACUCCACGAAGUAUGGUUUAAAGGCACAAGGUCAUGGCCCUUGUCAUAGCAGUUGAAUGUGCAUCGAAAUAUUUUUCUAUAAUUUUUUAAAAUUACAAUAGAAAAAUAAGUAGACAAGCAAGCUGUUAUAACAUGUAAGGUCAUGAUGAUUUAUGUAUUUAUAUUUGAAAUCAAUUUCUAUAACUUGUAUUUGUGUACAGAAUUCUCAGUGGGUUUAUAUAUUGUGAAAUUUAUAUUCAAGGUUUAGAUGUGGAUCAUGCUUAAUAGUAAAAGCUGAAAUGAGACCAUUUACUUUGUUUAAAAUGCUGCACUGUGCAAGUUUGGAAUUGUACAUUAAUAAUUCACUGUAUGUAAUGUCUCAACUUUGUUUAUACCUCCAGGUUUUUACACUGAAGAUAAACUAGCUUUAAUGAAAGUCAAAGUUGGGGUUUUUUUGUUUUUGGUUUUUUUAGGGAAUAAGCUGUUAGGCUAAAUCUGUAUAAAUGUGCUUUUUAUUUUCUGAAUGCACAAUGAAAGUUUAUACUUGUAUCUCACUGCAUCAUAUCUGAUUGCAGAAAUUAAAGCACAAUUUACAAGCA